GCAGGAUGUACACGCUGCUGUCAGGUCUGUACAAGUACAUGUUCCAGAAGGAUGAGUACUGCAUCCUGAUCUUGGGUCUGGACAACGCCGGGAAGACGACCUUCUUGGAGCAGUCAAAGACCCGGUUCAACAAUAACUACAAGGGGAUGAGUCUGUCCAAAAUCACCACCACUGUGGGCUUAAACAUCGGCACUGUGGACUUUGGAAAGGCCCGCCUCAUGUUCUGGGACUUAGGGGGGCAAGAGGAGCUGCAGUCUUUGUGGGACAAGUACUAUGCGGAGUGCCACGGCGUCAUCUACGUCAUCGACUCCACGGAUGAGGAGCGGCUGUCUGAGUCCAAGCGAGCAUUCGAGAAGAUGGUCACAAGCGAGGCGCUGGACGGUGUCCCCAUCCUGGUGCUGGCCAACAAGCAGGACAUUGAGACUUGCCUCUCCAUCCCCGACAUCAAGACUGUGUUCAGCGACUGCGCCUCCAAGAUCGGCAGGCGUGACUGCCUGACCCAGGCCUGCUCGGCCCUCACGGGCAAAGGGGUGCGUGAGGGUAUCGAGUGGAUGGUGAAGUGCGUCGUGCGGAACGUGCACCGGCCGCCGCGGCAGCGGGACAUCACAUAGGCGCAGCUGGCCCAGGGUGCCCUCCGCUUGCCCUGAAGAGCUCCUGCUGGCUCCGCCGCUG